CUCUACUCCACUCCACCACUAACCCACUCCUCCUCUCCCUCUUCUCUUUUUAUUGGGCCCUCUGUUUCUGUUUCACCAGUGCCUGCAAAUCCAGCGGAAACUUGACUGUCUCCUCCAUUUUUUUUUAUUAAACCCUCCCUUCUCCUUCUUCUCCUCCUCCCUCUUCCUUCCCACCACAGAGACUCUCAUUCCCUCCCUGAUAUCUUCACCACUCUGUUCUUACCCCCCACCUUCUCUAAUGGCUACUCUCUCCGUCGGAGACCCGGACCCCAGGGUUCCUCUCAAACCCGAGUUCCACUUCCCAUCCGAGUUCCCAUACGAGUUUGACUCGUCCCCCGACACUGAUAGCGGCGACGAAGAGGACGAUUUCUUCGCCGGGUUAACUCGUCGCCUGACUCAGCAGCUCUCCUUCAAGUCCCAGAAGAACCGGGUCGUGGUCGGGUCGCCCGAGUCGACGCUGAACGGGUUGGGAAGCAUGUCGGUUUCGAGCAACGGGAGCCCUAACGGAGCUUCGUCGCCGACAACUGCCACUACUCCGUCCCCGUUUGGUGCUAAAACCGACACGUGGGAUCUGAUUUACGAAGCCGCCGGACAAGUGGCGAGGCUGAAAAUGGCCACCGCCAGCAGCAACGGCGGAGCUUCUAGCAAGAGCUGUAGCAACUUUCAGGGGAUUCCCUCAUCUGGGUCGUUUUACCCUCUCAGCCACAAUAUUCCGCAGCACAUGGCUCAGAAUCAGCAGUUGCGGCACGAACAUGCAGCUCCAAAGGGGCAGUGGCCUUCGGUUUGGGAGAGGCAGCAGUUGCAGCAGCAAGUGAAGUCAGCCAACUGGCAGAAAUUUCAGCCGCCGCAGCCGCAGAUCUCGUGCGGUAAAGGUGUGUAUGAAAGCGGAAGAUUUGUUGUCCGGCCGCCGCCUCAGCCGCUGCCCACUUGGCCGCCGCUUCAAACGAAUCGUGCCCAAUACAACCAAAAUCAGACUCUAGCGAGUUCGAAUUUGGGAACUAGCGCAUCAGCAGGGUAUGUGGGCGGCGGAUUUGGUUCUAGUUCAAAGAGGGAAUGCGCUGGGACAGGGGUUUUCCUUCCUCGUAGAUAUUCGAACCCUACAGUGGAUUCCAAGAAGAAGCCUGCUCCUUCUGGUACCAACAUUUUCAAUUUCCUUGUGUUUUUGUUGUUUUCUUCUUGCCCUCUUUUGGGUUCCUGGUGGUGGACUUUCGGGGUUUGAUUUUGAAAUUUCAAACACUGACAUUUUGUGGGUUUGUCACUUUCAAGCUUGCUCAGCAGUUCUUCUGCCGGCGAAGGUUGUCCAUGCACUCAACUUGAACUUGGAGGAGACGGCGAGUCAUAGCGGCCAGGGUCAGUCUCGUAUCAAUGCCUCUUUCGCCGCUGAUUAUGCGGCCCUGUUGGCAAGAAGGAACGCGAUGUUGGCACAGCAGCAACAGAAGAGAGCAAUGCUCGCCGAAAGUGCAUUGAUAAGCCAUGAAAUUGGGGCUGCGCUGCCUCAAGAGUGGACGUACUGAUUCGCAGGGUAUUUGGUUUUGGGGGAACUGGGGAAGGAAGGAGGUAUAGCAAGAAGAAGCAGAAUGAUAGUAGGGAUUAGGGUUUUUUUUGGGGGGCCAUAUUAGGCAACAGUAAUAAGAUGGGUUUUAGACUUUAGUUGAAGGAGGGAACUGAAGAAGUUAUCCAGUUCCCUCUUCUUGUUUUUGGGGGGUUGAUUUUGAACCAGGCAGGAGUAGAAGUGGGAGAAGGAUAGUGAAGAAUGAAGAUGAAGAAGGGGGGUAAUUUUGUUUGUAAUAAUGUGGGUAUCAUUAGUAAUAAACUAUAGUGGGGGGUAUUUGUUAGUUAUAUUAAUUAUUGGUUUUGAUGUCCUUUAGGGAACAGGAAGGGAAGGUUCUUUGUAAUCCAAGGGGAAAAGAAAGAACAGUAGAAAAGAGAGAAUGGAGACAUCUUAAAUCUAUAGUUCUUCUGUUAUCUCUCUCUAGGAGCUCUCUAGGCUCUGUUUAGGAUCCAGUAAUGUCUCUCUCAAGACUCUGUAAAAUGGUGGUGUUGCUUUGCAGUUUUUACCAUUACUAUUUACUGCUCUUCCUCCCCUAGGUGGACUGUAAAAUUCUAAUAAAGGUUGAAAAAGAAAGAAAGGGAAUUUCCUUCUUUUUGAAUGGUUUGGCGUGAUGGGUUGUGCUCUGCUUUUCCUAUUUUUUACUCUGCUUCGUCUGUUAGCUUUUUACUUUGUCGAUUUCGUCGAGGCAGAAGCUGGGGUCUUUGAAUCGAGGAAGAAAGUGAAAGGGCAAGAAGAAGAAACCAAGUGGAUCUAAUAUGUUGUUGGGUUGUAACUUGUACCUUUUAAUGCAGGCCGGCUGGCUGGUUCUUUGACCAUAAUAGUUUAACUUUAACAAGUUGCUCUCUCUCUCUCUCGUUCUCGUUGGAAUAUCUGUAAACAAAAGGGGAAAAGAAUGGGUUGCUGCAUGCAGAGAUUAGGAGACAAAGUGACAUGCUCUCAACUUCCUUGGGUUCUGUGU